CUUGAAUUAGAAAAAAUCGGACAAUUUGAAAUUUUGAUAUCCUACGAGAUUGGUCUUAUUGCCGUAAUACAAUCCAGAAUUAUGAGUUGUUUCGAGUUUUUGUACAGUGAUGACGAGAAUGAAGAUAGUGAUGAUGAUUCUUUGGAACGUUCAGUGGUGCGCUUAGAACGACGAAAAAUACGAGAUAAGAGUAAUCCUUUAGAUUUGCCUCACGACGCUUUUAUUAAGCAUUUCCGGAUUUCUAAGGAUCUGUUUAGCUACUUGCUAAAUAUUGUUGAAAGCAAAUUGGGUGGCACCGUUGGAUCUGCUUCGGUGUUACCACCCGGAUAGAAUUUUACAAUAGCAUUUACCCUACAAACAAUCAUAAAUCAAAAAAUAUUAUAGUUAUUACUGUUUCAACAUUGUUCUAUGCCAAGUUCUCACAGUAGAUUUACAAUAAAAUUUCAUGUAACAAUAAAUUUCACUGUUCAGCAAAAAACUGAUACAGUGCAUUCACAUUAAAUUUUACUGUUUUCGGGAAAAAAAUGUAUGGAGAAAAAUUAAUUUUUUUAAUGUUAAGAUACAUAACCACCCCCCUUUUUCACUGUAAAAGUCUAUUUUACAUUGAAAUUUACUGUAAAAACGUUAAAGUUUAUUGUUUUUGUAUUGUAGCAUAACACUAAAACUUACUGUAAAUUAUUGUAAAAUUACUGUACUGUCACAGUGAAAAUCAUGGUUUUGUUACUGUACAUUUCUAUUCGGGCAAUCAUCAAGUUAUCAGCCGCAUUGCGGUUCUUUGCUGAAGGUAGCUACCAAAAAGGAGUGGGAAACUAUAUGUUCGUAGGGAUGGCACAACCCACGCUAUCAAGAUCGUUGUCUUCUAUAAUUGACAUAUUUGAAACCGAAAUUUGUCAUACCGCAAUAAAAUUUCCCACGGAUGAAGCAGAAAGAAAUGAAAUUAAAAUGGCAUUCUACGAAAAAACUGGAUUUCCAGGAGUAAUAGGGUGUGUCGACGGCACUCAUGUGAAAAUUGUUACGCCUAACUCGAACAUUCAACAUCUUUACUACAACAGAAAAGGCUUUCAUAGUUCGAAUGUUAUGCUGGUAUGUGAUCAUAAACUGAGAAUCCGCUACGUAGAUGCAAACCAUCCUGGUUCUAAUCAUGAUUCCUUCAUAUGGAACAGUAGUCCUCUGGAUACAAUGUUGCAUGAGAUGUACCAAAACGGCGAACAAAAUACCUGGCUGUUAGGCGACGCCGGAUAUCCGUUGAAGCCCUAUCUGAUCACCCCUUUUCGAUCUACUACAAGAACUCCAAGUUCGGAAAAUCAGACUAAAUUCAAUGAAAUACAUUCAAAAGCAAGAAUGACUAUCGAACGAGCAAUCGGAGUAUUGAAAAAUGUAUUUCGAUGUAGCUUAGGUGCUCGACAGUUACAUUACAAACCGGAAAAGGCUGCAAAGAUUGUAAAUGUGUGCUGUGCACAGGGAUGGGAAUUAUCAUUCAUUCGCAUGAUUCUUAGCGAAUCCGUUCAUUGCUUUGACAGCAGCCAGUCGUUCAUUCACGAUCCGACUAAAACUCUCCAAAAGAACACAUCUGAACGUAGGUAGAGAUGAACUUCCGAAAAUGUGAGCCAGGUAAAAGAAUGACACGUACUAUGUUGAAUGAAGAAGAUCGUGUUCUUCAUACGCGGAUUGAAUCGGAAGAUUGUACUGUAAACAUUCACAAGUGAAUCAACUUUUAAAUCACAAAUGAAUGUGACAUUGUAUUCUCUGGUUGGGUUAGGUCAACUUUAUAGUGCAAAUGUACACUAUAAUCAAUGUUGAGAAGUAGAUUGCACUACAAUCCACUUGAAAUUGAUAUUGUGAUAUGCACGGAAUCGUUUUAAGAAGUUAUUUUUUUCACCAGCACAUUGCAAACUACAUUCUCAACAAUAAGAGAUCACCAAGUGAAAAUUUCAUAGGUCUAUAAACAAGAACGACAAGUUUUUUUUAUUAGAACGAUCCGGUGAAUGUUUUGAAAUGAAUCUUUGUGAAUGAAAGAAUGCAUUCAUUUGCGAUCCUUUCUGCUUUCAUUCAAAACACUACGUAUGCGAUGGAGAAUGAAUCAUAGCCGGGCGCUGACACUUUUUUCAGUUUUGUGUUUUGCUUCUCGCUUUCACAUGAACGCGUAACUCUGCACAAGAAGGGUUGCCGAGAUCGGGUUUCACAGUAAGAGCAUGUUGGUGGAUGAUUUCAAAUUGAUCGUUUCGUGAAAUGAUUUUUCCCAUGCCUGGCUGUGCAUUACAUAAUUUGAGGCUUCGAUUUAAUGUGCCACUAGAUGGUGAAGAUUGGCAGCCCAUUGAGAAUGACGAACAUGUUGAUCCUGUAGUGGAAGAUGAAAGUCACAUGUCUGCCGAUGAUAUUAGAAGAACAAUUAUGAUGUCGAUUAUAUAAAAGUCAUUGCGUAU